UAAACAGGUAAAUGACACAGCCCCCAGGCCAUCGCACGUACAAAGUUCUGGAAGUUUGUCAGUUACGCGGGCACCUUGUCUCUUCCAGGUGGCUUCUGAAGGAUGGCUGCCAACAACAGUUCCUGCAAACCCAUCCUGACGCCCCACCUCACCUGGCUGUACGGCGCGGUGCUCGUUGGCGGGCUGGCGGGCGUCGUCUCCAUCUUGUUCCUCCUCGUGAAGAUGAACACGCGCUCGGUGACCACCACGGCGGUCGUGAACCUGGUGGUGAUCCACAGCGUCUUCCUGCUCACCGUGCCUUUCCGCCUGGCCUACCUCGUCAGGCACCGGUGGCUCUUCGGCUUGCCCUUCUGCAAGUUCGUGAGCGCCAUGCUGCACAUCCACAUGUACCUCACGUUCCUGUUCUACCUGGUGAUCCUGGUCAUCAGGUACCUCAUCUUCUUCAAGCGCAAGGACAAGGUGGAGUUCUACAGGAAGCUGCACGCGGUGGCCGCCAGCGCGGGCCUGUGGCUGCUGGUGAUUGUCAUCAUGGUGCCCCUGAUCGCUUCCCAGUACGGAAGCCUGGAGGUCUACGACAUGCACAACUGUUUUAACUUCCACAAAGAGCUGACCCGAACGUACGUGCGGGUCAUCAACUACUUGAUAGUCACCGUGGUCAUCGCCAUCGCGCUGGUUCUCCUGGUCUUCCAGAUCUUCAUCAUCAUGUCCAUGGGGCGCAGGCUGCGCCACUCCCUGCUGUCCCACCAGGAGUUCUGGGCCCAGCUGAAAAACCUCUUCUUCAUAGGGGUCAUCAUGAUCUGCUUCCUCCCCUACCAGCUCUUUAGGAUCUAUUACUUGUACACGGUGGCACACUCCAAUGACUGUAACAACGAGAUUGCAUAUUAUAACGAGAUCUUCUUGAGUGUGACAGCGAUUAGCUGCUUUGACUUGCUACUCUUUGUUCUUGGGGGAAGCCACUGGCUUAAGCAGAAGACAAUUGACCUGUGGAAUUACCUCUUGUGCCAUUAGCCCCACAGGGCAGCGCUCAGGUUUACUUCCUUUCCAUCAGGAGUGAAAAAGAGUGGAGGGAGGUAGGAAGGAUAUUUUAUCCCUUGAUUAAAACCAUGCCCUGUGGCAGCCAGGUGAAAGGACUUACUCAUCCCAGUCCUGAUUUAUAAUAGUCCCCGCCAUCUCUAAAGGACGCCCAUGCUGAGACUCCUGACCUUCAGUCCGCCUACAGUUGCAAUACUGCAUUGUUUUCCAAUGCACAGGGUUUCCUUGGCCCGUCCAGGCAUCCUGGGUCUCAUGGUUUCUGAAUCUCCUGAGUUUAUUUUAGUUCCCUCAGUCCGAAAC